AUCUAUCACUUCACUCCAUACACUGCGUCUAGCUCUCAGUUCUGAAACUCCAUUGCUCUUAGCUUCUUCUGCGUUCGAAGCAAACCUCGAGUGAAUGAACGGCGAAGCAUCGAUUAGCGAACGGCUGUGAUUUCUUCGGCAUCGAAUCCGCGACAAUCUUCUUCGUCCACCAUGGAUCCUAGAAAGUGUAUCUCUAUAUAUGAAAAAAGGAAAAAGAAGCAAAGAAUAAAAGAAUUAAUUCAAUCUGAGGGAGCUCUUGCAGAGAGUUCAGAUUCUGUUGAUAGUGAAGAAUUUGAAGGUUUUGUGAGUGAGGAACCUAAUCAUGAAACUAGGAAUGAGCACAUUAUUACUUUACAUGGGCAAAUGGAUUGAAUUGGAAAGUAAAUUUAAAAAGAAUGAAACAAUUGAUGAAAGUGUGCAACGACAAAUCAGUAGAGAGGAAGAACACUGGAAACAAGUAUUCCUAAGGAUUCUUGCUGUUGUGAAAACUGUUGCUAAGAAUAAUUUGGCAUUUUGUGGAGACGAUGAGGAGAUUUGUGGGGAGAGAAGUCGACAUUUUUUAAGUUUUAUUGAAAUGAUUGCUAAAUUGGAUCCAGUAAUGCAACACUACAUUCAGCGUAUUGAAAGGAAUGAAGCUCAUUACCAUUAUCUUCGUCACACAAUCCAAAAUGAGUUGAUACAAAUGUUAGCGAUUGAAAUCAAAAGUAGAAUCGUUCAAACAAUCAAAGAAGCAAAGUAUUUUUCAGUUAUGCUUGAUUGUACACCAGAUAUGAGUGAUGAAGAACAAAUAUCUCUUGUAAUACGAUGUGUGGAUGUUUCAUCAAGUCCAAUAAAGGUAGAAGAGUUCUUCAUUGAAUUUUUAAAGGUGUAUGAUGCGUCGGGGUUGGGACUUUUUAAUGUACUUAAAGAGGUAUUGUGCAAACUCCAACUUGAUAUUGGUGAUAUAAGAGGACAAGGAUAUGAUAAUGGCUUUGAUAUGAAAGAAAAAUACAAGGGUGUACAUAAAAGACUACUUGAAAUAAAUCCUAGAGCAUUCCACACGCCAUGUGGUUGUCGUAGUCUUAACCUUGCACUUUGUGAUAUGGCCCUCACUUGUUCUAAAGCCUGUUCUUUUUUUGGAAUGGUACAACGUAUAUAUUCUUUGUUUUCAUCUUGUACAAAAUGGUGGAAAGUUUUGAAAGAUAAUGUGGAAGGCUUCACACUUGAGCCAUUGGCACAAACUCGUUGGGAAAGUUCCAUUGAAAGUGUUAAAGCCAUAAGAUACCAAGCCCCACAAAUAAGAGAUGCUUUAAUUGAUUUGGCAAAUAUUAGUGAGGAUCCCAAAACAAAGUGUGAAGCAGAGUGCCUAGCAACACAUGAAAUUGAAAAUUUUGAAUUCUUAGUUGGCAUGGUUAUUUGGCACAAUCUAUUGUUUGCUAUCAACUUAGUUAGCAAGACAUUUGAAAAUGAAGAUAUGCAUAUUGAUGUUGCUAUAAAUCAGUUAAAAGGACUCAUUACAUUUCUUGAAAGGUAUAGAGAAAUUGGAUUUUUGGAGGCAGUGAUUGAAGCUAAAGAAGUUGCAACUGCAAUGGAUAUUGAACCUGUGUUUCAUGAACAACUUGUCAUUCGGAGGAAGAAACGGUUUGAUGAGAAUGUAAGUGAAGAAGUUACACAGUCAGCUGAAGAAUCCUUUAGAAUUAAUUACUUCACAUAUAUAGUAGAUCGAGCUAUUUCUUCACUUAAGAGUAUGAUUGAACAAUUUCAAACAUAUGAGGAAACUUUUGGAUUUUUGUUUGAUUUGAUUAAGUUGAAUUCUACUAGUGAUGAGUGUUUGAAGACUUAUUGUGCUAAUCUUGAAGAUUUUCUGACACACGAAAAAUUUCCUGAUAUUGAUGGGAGAGAUUUGUUUACAGAAUUAAAAGUUCUGACAGAAAUUUUACCAAAAGAAAUCAUCAAGCCAAUUGAAGUUGCCAAUUAUUUGAAAGUAAUGGAUGGUUGCUUCCCAAAUGCAUGGAUUGUUUAUAGAAUAUUGUUGGCUAUACCAGUUACAAUUGCCUCUAGAGAAAGAAGUUUUUCAAAGUUGAAGUUGAUCAGAUCUUACAUUCCGUCAACCAUGUCACAAGAAACCAUGUCACAAGAACGAUUGAAUGAAUUGGCUAUGUUAUCUAUUGAAAAUGAUAUGGUUGAUAAGCUUGAUUGUGCAAGAUUAAUUAGUAGUUUUGCAUCUAAAAAUGCAAGAAGAGUAAUAUUUAGUUGAUAGUUGGUUUGUUUGAUGUUUUGUUUUGUAAACUGGAUUUUGCUAGACUAUAAAUCAACAAUAUCAUAUUUUAGUCUUUUUUAGUUC